AUGGAGCAAAACCCUAAAACCCAGAGGAAAUGGCGGUUCACAUGGGAAGCUCAGUCUCAUUCUCCGAACCUUCGUCUUUUUCUUUUCGAUUCAAGCACUAACCCUAAGAUCCAUUUCAAGAGCCUCGAUGUAUCUAUCAUCCUUGGCAAAUCUCAGCUUCUCGUCACAUGGAUCGAUGAAGCCACGAGUGGAGAAAACGGAAGAAGAGAAGAGGAUGUUUCUCUUCGUGUUCCAGUUCCUAGGGUUUUGAUCGAUGCUGAAUCCCCUGUGAAUUUCAGAGCUCUGGACGAUCACAUCGAGGUUAGGCUUGUUCUGUUACUCCCUGUCGACCAUCCUCUAGUCUCCGAUUUGAAUUUGGCGACUGAUUCUCUCGGAGAUAGAGAAGAAUCGGCGCCGUUAGUGAUGGAUUAUGAUCUGAAGACUCUAACUUCAAUGGGAGGAGUUCAUCUACAGUGCAGAAACUGCUCAGCUAGGUUAACAAAGAAAGCCCUUUUCGAUUUCUCAGAGAUGCCGUCUAUUAACUGGCGAGAAUCAGCUGAUAACUGGUUUGGUAAUUGCUGUUGUGCAUUUGGAUCGAUUAGUGAGAAGAUGGUAGCAAAGUACACAAACUCUUAUACAUGCUCUAGUGGGUUUUGUUUGCUUAGUGCUACAACUGUUUUGCUUAGCAAGGACGAUCUCAUAGAGUGUAUCUCGUCUGAUAAAACUGGAAUUGAAAACCAGUUUGAGUCUGGUUUAGAUCUGAGCUGUGAUCAUGGUGGAGUUGAAUCAGGAUCUAGAGGAAGUGAAGGAAAUGGUGACAGCCAUGAGAAUGGAGGUGAGAGUAGUAUUAUUCAUGGACUUGCUUGUGGUCAAGUGGAUGAUGAUGACUCGAUGCUGCUGCGUUGUGAAGUCAAGCCAUCAAUGCCUGAUUGUUGUGUUCAUGACUCUGAUGAAAGUUUUCAGUUUGAGCAGCAGCAACUUACACUUGAUAAGAAGUUUCUUCUCGAUGGGUUUCUCGAGGAUGUUUUUAUGGCGAAAGCUUCGAAUGUAUCAAAGAAUGUCGACUGGAUCGAAUUCGCUUGCCCUGAGUGUUCAUCUCCUCUUGGAGCCUAUCCUUCUGGCGGCGGGAGAAGCGUUGAACCCAUAGACGGUGGAGUUAGACUCUUCAAGUGCUAUAUCUCCACAUCAUCGGCGGCAAUUUGUGAAUCCUCUGAUGUAUUCAGGAAAUACACAUUGGAAAAAAUGUUUACAAAUCAGCUUGUGGAAUGUGCCAAAGAAGAGUUAUCGUUUCAUGUGUUGGUCAAAGAUUUGACAACGAAAUCGCCUCUGUUCCGGAUCGUUGUCCUGAAUCCAAGCUCUUGGUCCUCGACUGGUCUUUGCUCGAGCCGAGAUGAAGCAGGUUCUUCCACGUUAGAGCUAAGCCCUAUUGUGAAGGUUCUGUUUUCAGAUUGCAGCAGCUCACUGGUGAAGAAGAUUGAUGAAGAAGUUUACAUUUUGAAGGGACAAGGGGAGGAGUUGAUAGAGUUGCUCACAAAUGCGAGCAAAUUUCUUCCAUCUUCAUGUGCAUAUCUUCAGGGCUCACUUGUCUCAUCCAUGCAUCUCUGA